CCUGACGGCUGAGACGGGGAAGUCCGGGGCGUACAGCUGUGAGUACUGGGCAGUGAGAGACGGCCGGCCCAUCUACUCUGCACGCAGCCAGCUCGUCCCGGUACCAGUGAUGGAUUUCCCUGUUGCUCCAUCCAUCUCUGUGAUAUCUGAUCCCCCGGGGAAAAGCCCUGUUACCAUCCUAUGCUCGGCCCCUUUGGGACACGUGGCUACAAGGUACCAGUUCCUGAGGCAGGGGAAUGUCAUUGUCUCACAGCCGGGUGCCCGUCUCCAGCUCCAUCAGUCUGAUUUGGACGCUACCAGCACUUACACCUGCAGCUAUGAGAUCAGUGUCUCAGGGAGAAUGAUCCAGUCACUGCCGAGUGCCCCCCUCUCAAUCCAUCUGACUGGUGUCCCACUCCCCCCACCAGCCCCCCAAAUCAUUCUGGACCCCCCAAAACACAUCUAUUUUCAGGGGGAACAUGUCAAGCUCACCUGCUUAGUUCCUGGCAGCGAGCAGGUGAGGGGAUACAGAUUCUACCAUCAAAGAAGGGAGCAGAUCUCCGAGCUGGAUGAGGGGCCUUGGCUGGAGCGUAUAGCUAUGACUGGGAAUGCUGGGGCGUACUCCUGUGCCUAUUGGAUAACCCGAUCUGGGCAAGCGAUCCUGUCAGGGAAGAGUGAUUCUGUCUUCAUCACCGUGAGUGCACCUCCUCUGGUCCCCAAACUCUCUCUGCACCCCAAGCUCCCUGUGUACCUGCCCGUGGAGAAGGUCACCCUCAACUGCUCAGCACCCCAUGGCGAGGAGGUGGUGGGGUUCAGGUUCCACCAGCACAGAGGGGAUCAGACCCCUGAAGAGCUGCCAACUGCCAGCGGGGGGCCCUGGAUGGACCUCACAGCGCAGAUGGGGAAUGACGGCUCCUACACCUGUCAGUACUGGAGAUGGGAGGCCGGGCAGGAGAUUGUAUCCGAGAACAGUAACAGCAUCACUGUACCAGUGUCAGAUCACCCUUCCCAGCCAGUGCUGAGCGUGGAUCCCCCGUCCGGAGCGGUGAGCGAAGGGCUCCCCCUGCUCAUCACCUGCAUGGCUCCUGAGGACGCCAGCAAGCGGAGGUUUCACUUCUACAAGGAUGGAGCCGAUCUCAUCCCUGGGGACGUGGGGUCAGAGAUCAGCACCAUGGAGCCCGACACCGGCUCUAUAAAUGUCUCUGUGCUCAGCAUCCCAUGGGCCGGUCCCGAGAGCACUGGGGAAUUCACCUGUGGGUACGAGAAGAAUAUUAGAGGGAGGUGGAUCCCUUCCCCCAGGAGCUGGGCUGUGAAUGUCACCGUGACAGCAAAGGCUUCCCCAGGCUCCAUUCAGGUCUGGCCUCUGUGGAUCUACCUGGUGGCCGGAGGCAUCGGGGCCGCAGCUCUGCUCCCCCUGCUGCUUCUCCUCAUCUGCCUCUGCCGGAGGAGGAAAGGUGGUAUCACGGCAGAGACACACCCACUUUAUGUCAACAGACCCUCCAGCACUGGCACAGUUCUGCAGCAACGGAUCCAUGAUGGGCAGGUACAGCCAGUGACCCAUAACCACCCAGCGCCGCCCAAUGACCCUGGAGGGAAGCCCAGAGUGGGUCGAAACCCACAGGAAAGAGGCAAGAGAGAAGAGGAUGCAGAUGCCAGGGUAGAGUGCAACUCCUUGGUGAGCAAUCCUGUCUAUUCCAUGCUGACUCCCUCUAGCGCCGGGGCCCAGCAGAGAGGAGGAAAGUACAUCUCGGAGGCUGUGGUGUACAGCGAAAUCCCGUACUGAUCACGGCCUCUGCCACCACCCCUCCCCAUCCUACCCCAUGCUGAGAACACCUCACAUAACACCCCAUCCCCCCAACCUUUCCUUCCCUGCAAACCCUGCUAACGGCCACAAACUUCUUCCUGGUGUACUUUGAAUGCGGGGGGCGGGAGGGCUGGCAGCCAGGACUCCUGGGUUCUAUCCCAGCUCAGGAAUGGGAGUGGGGUUAGUGGGUUCGAGCAGGGGAUGGGACUGGGAUCCAGGAUCUGUGAAGGGAGUAGAUUAGAGUGGGGAAGAGUCAUAAUUCCUAACACUUGGGUUAUUUUCAGCAUACGGGUUAGAGGAGGGCGUUUGGGUUUUAAUCUGUCAAAGAGAAGCGGUUGCAGAACUAUGUGAAAUAGUCCAGAGCGGCCCCUACCCCAUGUCUGUUCCAAUGCACAUUGCACCCUUUUGUUGUGGGAACCUUCUCUUACAAUGGGACCCCCCUGGAUAUUAUUACUUUUGUUCCUUUGCCUUGGAGUUCUGGGUCGGUGUUUUCAAAAAUCCUUUAAACAAAAUGAAAUCAAAUUGAUUUUUAUUAAGGGGUUAGAUAGGGGAGUGGCCUCGACACACACACACAUCUCAUCCCCUCCAGUAGGGGGCAGAAGGGAGGGACACACACACGGAUGGAGGACAGCGUGUGAGCAAGACAUCUAUGCAACAUCCCCAGCAUCAAAAGAGCAUCCAAUACUGGGAAACAUUAAGAAACCACUGAAAUGCAGCCACUGGGGGUGAGUGAGGUGAGCACUGACCACUCUUAAACACAGUUAGUGCUACCCCUCCAAAGGGAUCUUCACCCAGGGCUGAAAUGCAGCCACUUCUGGGGGAUGGUUUGACAGCAGUUUAGCAGCAUCAGGGCAAGUACUGCGGAAGGGGAUCUCGCCCCCAGUACCAAAAUGCAGCCACUUCUAGGGUGGAACAUGGCAGCUCUUGAAGAGGUGCCUGGAAGAGCUGUUCGAGAGAUGGGGAUGUGACAUUCCCCUGGUGUUAUCUAGACCAGUGAUCUGCUUGGUCACUCCAGUCCUUGACUCUGGGAGCCAGCCUUACCCUGCUCUGCUGUGAGAACCCCCACUCCUGGGCUGUUCACGCACAGCCUCUGGCAUGUCAGCUGCUCCUUGGCUUGUGCAACUGAAUGACACUAGCCAAUAUCUCCGGUCCCAGACACAACCAUAGGAACCUCCAAUCUACAGUUUCCAGUUAUGCCCUAUGGACGCUGCAAGCUUAUAUGCGUUCGUCAAUUUAAGAAAGAAAUUGAUAUAUACCGGGCUUGUUAUCCCAAGGGGAGUCUCUGACACGCUUCAAACCAAACGCACUGCUUCAGGUAGAA